AUGGACGACUACCUCAGCAGCUUUGGAACGGAGAGAGAAACUGAAGAAAUCGCCAAAGAAGUGAAAACCGUACAUGCUCAAGGAGGCUUCAAUAUUCGAGGAUGGAGAUCUAACAGUUCGAAGGUUCUAGAAGGAUUGGGAGAACCAAUAUCUGCCGAUCCAAGGUCCCUGAAUCUUGAACAUACGAACAUCGAAAGAGUUUUGGGAAUGCAUUGGCUGCCUGAAGAUGAUUUCCUGGCAUUUUCAACAAGUUUUCAACCACAAUUGUGUGAUCUUAUAGCAAGCAAACAACGUCCUACGAAGCGCCAAGUACUCAGAAUCCUGAUGAGCGUCUUUGAUCCGCUGGGCUUGUUAGCGGCCUUCGUAAUCCAAGGAAAGGUUCUGCUGCAAGACAUUUGGCGUGCAGGCACGCAGUGGGAUGAGGAAAUAAGCGAUCGAGCUAACGAGAAGUGGGUAAAAUGGAUCGAGCAAUUCCCGAUGGUAGCCGAUGUUCGUGUUCCAAGGUGCUACUUCCCAAGCGCCAAUAAGUCUUCCUAUCGUCAGCUAGAACUCCACAUAUUUGCCGACGCCAGCGAAGACGCGUAUGCAGCGGUGGCCUAUUUUAGAAUCCCUAUUUCGGCAGACGGUUUCCGGUGUGCCCUCGUUGCAGCCAAGACCAAAGUGGCUCCUUUACGCCACUGGUCGAUUCCCCGGCUGGAGUUGCAAUCUGCGGUUUUGGCAGCACGCUUGGAAACUUUUAUCAAGGAAGGACACAAGGUGAACGUUACACGAACAAUAUUCUGGUCAGACUCAAGCACCGUUUUGGCGUGGAUUCGGUCAGACCAUCGGCGCUACUCGCAAUUUGUAGCUUGCCGGGUAUCGGAGAUUUUGUCGACGACUUCCAUUGCUGAUUGGCGAUGGGUACCUACGAAACAAAACGUUGCGGACAUGGCUACAAAGCAGGGACAAGGAGAUCAAUUGAAUACGGAUAAUUUCUGGUUCAAAGGACCAGGAUUUCUAUUGCAGAGAGAAGAGAAUUGGCCACAGCCGAGAUCCAUUCAACCGACUGAGGAAGAACAAAAACAUUGCUUAAUCCACGAAUCUGCAGCCAUCCCAGAAUCGAUAAUUGAUUCAUCCAAGUUUUCCAAAUGGGAACGAAUGCUGAGGACGAUGGCUUACGUUUUUCGAUACGUCGACCUCUGUGAGAAGCGUCAACCUCGGUGGAAAGAAGCUUGUCUCAAUCAAGCUGAACUACAAUCCCGCUUGAAAAGAGUUCGUCUCAAUCAAACUGAAUUACAGAAAGCAGAAAACUACCUGUUCCAGACAGCUCAAUGGUCGGGCUUCCUAGAAGAAAUGUCUACGCUCAGUUAUCACCGUCAGAAGUCGAGUUCGAAUCACAUUCCAAUGGAGAAAGGAAGCAAACUCUACAAGCUUUGUCCUUACAUGGACGAGCGCCGUGUCAUGCGAGUAGAUGGACGAAUCGGUGCUGCCGCUAACGUAGGAGACAACGUCAAAUUUCCCGUUAUACUACCCAAGACGCAUCGAGUAACAGUACUGCUAAUCGACUUCUACCAUCGUAAGUUCAAACAUGCUAAUUUCGAGACAGUCGUUAACGAGCUUCGCCAGAUUGUUUACAUUCCUCAAGCUCGCUCUCGCGUCAAGCAGGUGAUAAAAUGCUGCCAAUACUGUAGAGUGUAUAAAACCCGACCACAGGUUCCUAGGAUGGCCCCCUUACCAGCAGCAAGAUUGGCCUCGUACACACGGCCGUUUACCUACGUUGGGCUUGAUCUCUUUGGCCCAAUUUUCGUCAAAGUCGGAAGGAGUUCGGCGAAAAGGUGGAUCGCACUCUUUACGUGCCUGACAUUGCGCGCCGUUCACGUUGAGGUGGUGUUCAGCCUGAGCACGGAGUCCUGCAUCCUGGCAAUUCGUCGUUUCAUCGAUCGGCGUGGAUCCCCACUGGAGUUUUAUUCCGACAACGGUACCAACUUUAGAGGGGCGGACAACGUGCUGCAGGAACAGGUACGAAAUAUUCAAGAGGGACUCAGUUCAACAUUCACUAAUACAACUACCAAAUGGAUAUUCAUUCCUCCCGGUACCCCCCAUAUGGGUGGCGCCUGGGAAAGAAUGGUGCGUUCCGUAAAAACGGCCAUGGAAAGCAGCAUCAGUGCAAAUCGGAAAUUAAACGACGAAGGUUUGUGGACACUUGUGAUUGAGGCUGAAAGUAUCGUCAAUUCUAGACCUCUGACAUAUCUACCCUUGGAAGCUGAAGAAAAUGAGGCGAUCACUCCUAACCAUCUGCUGCUGGGAAGCUCCAACGGUGUGAAGCAGCCAUCAAUUGAACCGAUUGGAGAAGCGUUUGCGUUGAAGAACGCUUGGAACCAGAUUCAGCAUCAAGCGGAUAUGUUUUGGCGUCGAUGGGUUAGAGAGUACAUGCCGGAGCUUACACGUCGCUCUAAAUGGCUUGGUGAAACGCGACCGGUUGGCGUUGGAGAUCUCGUUAUCAUUGUAGAUGAGGCACGAAGAAACGGCUGGGUGCGAGGCAGGGUUAACGAGGUCAUUCCUGGGCAAGACGGGCGAAUUAGAAAGGCGAUCAUUCAAACUCAAAAGGGGCUCACAAGGCAGUCGGUCUCAAAACUUGCAUUACUAGACGUCGCAGUAGGAGGUAACCCAGGAUCAUUCUGA